UCAAAAAAAUUUUCAAAACUUGUUUUGUUUAUUUUAAAUUAAUUUUUUGUAAAGAAUCCUUUUUAAUUUUUAUUAAAUAUAAACAUUUCCUAAACAAGUAUUUUUCUGAUAUAAAUAAAUGUCAUUUUUACCAAGACGAGUCAAAGAUAUUCCUCCAUUAGAACCAGAUUCAGAAGAUGAUCGAACACCACAAAAAACAAAAAAUGAAAACAAAGAAAAGCGAGAAUUACAUCGUGGUGAUUCCUUCAAACAUCGAAAUGUACCAAAACGUGUCUCGGAGCUGCCUCCUCUAGAAUCCGAUUCUGAUGAAGAUGAAAACAAGAAUGAUAGGUUCAAUUGCGCCAUUCUCAAUGACUCGUUCAUGAGUCCGGCUAUAAGCGACAAUGAAGACAACUCACCUAAAAGGCAUCCCAAUCGUCCAAAAAUUACAGUAAAUGAAUCAACAAAUGAUUCGUUUCUCUUGAAUUUUGAUAAAAUGAAACUAAAUGACACAGUGUCAUCAAAGAAAAAUGAGGAUGUUAUCGCCUCGACUCAUGCCGAAGUCCAGCCACAAAAGCUUCCACUUAAACCGAUUCAAGAGAAUCAUAUUUCUACUAUUGUUUCUGCUCCUCCUCCUUCAAUUGUUUCUUCUCAACCACCACCAAAAAACGUAGGAGUUGAAAUCGAAACUCCUUUGAAACAAUCCGAUGCUCAAUUUGCAACACCACAAAUUCGUUCAUGGUCAGUGGCCCGACGACCCAAAGACCUUUGUUCGACAUCUCGCAAAGAGCGGACAGCAAUUGCCAAUGAGUUUCGUUCUCAGAAAGUUCUAUUUCAAACUCCAAUGGCUGUUGCAAGAGCUCCGCAACUCACCAACAACAGUAUUACAUUGUCACUUUGCGACACGAUGAAUGAUAGUGCAACUCCGGGAACUGCUGAAAAGCAAGUUAAAUCGAAACCAGCUACUAGAAGUGAUGCUGAUAUGAAAUCAAAGAAAUCACUUGCUUUUAGUGAGCAAGAAACUGAGUUAAAAAAUGCUGAGCCAGCAAAAUCAAAUGAGAGUAUAAUUACUAUUAAUGGUUCGGAGUAUGAAAUCAAAAAGAAACUAGGCUGUGGAGGAUCGAGCAGUGUUUAUUUGGCACAACGGAAAGAUUCUGGAAAGGAUUGUGCACUUAAAAUAGUUGAUCUACGAGGAGAUGCCGCAGUUGUUGAAGGUUACUUAAACGAAACUAAACUACUAGCUAAACUGCAGGGAAACAUUUGUGUUGUUUCCUUAUACGAAUAUGAACUUCUUGCCAAAGAAUCCAAAUUAUAUAUGGUAAUGGAGAAAGGUGAUUCAGAUUUACAUAAAAUACUUUCAACGUAUAAAACCAAUUUACCUCUCUAUGUGUUAAUGAACUUUUGGUAUCAGAUGUUACAAUCUGUUUCUUACAUUCAUCAAAAUGGUGUUAUACAUUCAGAUCUCAAGCCUGCAAACUUUUUGAUGGUUCAUGGAAGACUAAAAUUGAUUGAUUUUGGAAUAGCCAGUAAUAUAGCCAUCGAUUCAACGAGUAUCAUUAAGUUUUCACAAGCCGGAACAUUUAAUUAUAUUAGUCCAGAAGCUUUAAUUGAUACAUCAACUGGAAAUAGUCCUAUGGGAAAGAACCAGCCAAAAAUAAAGAUUUCAACUAAAUCUGAUGUCUGGUCCCUCGGUUGUAUAUUAUAUCUACUAAUCUAUCAAAAGACUCCAUUCGGUCACAUCAAGAACAUUUACGCCAAGGUUAAUGCCAUAACCAGUCCUACAACAGAAAUUCAAUAUCCAGCGUUACCAUCAUACUAUCCAAUUAUGUUGGUCCAGAUGGCAAAGAAGUGUCUACAACAUAAUCCAAAGCAAAGACCAUCUUGUGUUGAAUUGUUGCAAUAUCCAUUCAACAUGAUAAUACCAAUUCAAAAUCUAAGCGUAGCCCCAAAAUAAAUUAUUUAAAAUUAUUUAUAAAUGUCCAAUAUUCUAAUAUUUUGAAUAUCUUUCUUAUUAUACGGUAGAUUUUAUGUUGUAAAGAACAAAAAAUAUUAAUAAAUUUAUAUAUGUAUUUGUA